CGCUCAUCUUCUUCUGACUCGAUUGGCACAAGGUUGGUACAGGGUUAUAAGGCCGACUCUUUCCUCGAUUCUCCCCGACCCCCCAGCCAUCCCUUCACCACCAUGACGGACGCCAUCAAUGCUACCUUCAAGGCCAAGGCCGCCAAGAACGAGGCCGUCUUCGUCACCUUCCUCACCGCCGGUUACCCCACCAUCGCCGACACGGUCCCGCUGCUGCUCGGCCUCGAACAAGGCGGCGCUGACAUCAUCGAGCUCGGUGUGCCCUUCAGCGAUCCUCAGGCCGAUGGACCUGCGAUCCAAAAGAGCAACGAAGUGGCCCUCGAGCAGGGUGUCGACUUCAAGAUGUGCCUCGACUACGUCCGCCAGGCCAGGAGCCAAGGGCUCAAGGUACCCGUCCUUUUCAUGGGCUACUACAACCCCAUCCUGGCGCAUGGCGAGACAAAGACGGUGAGCGAUGCGAGAGAGGCUGGUGCCAAUGGCUUCAUCGUCGUCGAUCUGCCGCCUGAAGAAGCCGUCGACUUCCGUGACGAAUGCACGAGCAAGGGCAUGUCGUACAUCCCCCUCAUCGCCCCAUCGACGACGGAGAAGCGCAUCAAGCACCUGUCCUCGCUCGCCGACUCGUUCAUCUACGUCGUCUCCAAGAUGGGCACCACGGGUGUCUCGAACAAGGUCUCCACCUCGCUCCCGGACCUCCUCGCCCGUAUUCGCCGAGUCACCAGGGCACCCCUGGCUGUCGGCUUCGGCGUCGCCACGCGCGACCACUUUGUCGAGGUGGGCGAGCAUGCAGACGGUGUCGUCAUCGGCAGCCGUCUCGUUGCCGUCAUCAAGGAUGCGGAUGCGACGACAGAGGCGCGGGUCAAGGCGGCGCGGGACUACUGCGAUGAGAUCACAAACAAGACAAAGGGGGGCAUUCAAAGGAAGCAGCCUCUGCAGCACUCGAGUGAUGCCUCGGCUGCCUCGUCUUCCUCUGCCUCCGCCUCGUCAUCCGCUGCGCCGAACGGAUCCAUGUCAAUCAAGGAGCUGCAAGACAAGCCCGACUCGGUUGCCAUGCCAAAGGUCGACGCCGUCGUUACUGACGAGAACCGCAAGUCGGUGCCGGGCCUCGAUGCCACCGUCGAUGCAAACGGCGUUCUGAGACCGCCACGGUUCGGCAAGUUUGGUGGCCAGUAUGUGCCCGAAGCGCUGUACGACUGCCACGUCGAGCUGGAGCGCGCCUACCUCGAGGCCCUCAACGACCCCAGCUUCUGGAAGGAGUUUGAGUCGCACUACGAGUACAUUGGCCGUCCCUCGGAGCUGUACCUGGCUGAGCGGCUGACGGAGAAGGCGGGAGGCGCACGAAUCUGGCUCAAGCGAGAGGACCUCAACCACACUGGCUCGCACAAGAUCAACAAUGCCGUCGGUCAGAUUCUCCUCGCCAAGCGGCUGGGCAAGACGAGGAUUAUUGCCGAGACGGGUGCCGGACAGCACGGCGUGGCGACGGCCACCGUCUGCGCGCGCUUCGGUCUCGAGUGCGUCAUCUACAUGGGUGCCGAGGACGUGCGCCGGCAGUCGCUCAACGCCUUCCGGAUAAAGAUGCUUGGUGCCAAGGUCGUCGCCGUCGAGAGCGGCAGCAAGACGCUCAAGGACGCCAUCAACGAGGCCAACCGCGACUGGGUGACGAACCUGCACAAUACCCACUACCUCAUCGGCUCUGCCCUGGGCCCGCACCCGUUCCCUUCGCUCGUCCGCGACUUCCAAAGCAUCAUUGGCAAGGAGGUCAGGAAGCAGCUCCAGGACAAGAAGGGCAAGCUGCCCGAUGCCGUGGUGGCAUGCGUCGGUGGAGGAAGCAACGCCAUUGGCAUCUUUCACGAGUUCAUCCCCCACCCCAGCGUCAAGCUCGUCGGCGUCGAGGCUGGCGGCGAUGGCGACACACGGCACAGCGCGACGCUCUCAAAGGGCACGCCCGGUGUCCUGCACGGUGUGCGAACCUAUCUGCUGCAGUCGGCCGACGGCCAGAUCAACGAGACGCACAGCAUCUCGGCCGGCCUCGACUACCCCGGCGUGGGGCCUGAGCACGCCUACCUCAAGGACAGCGGACGGGCAGAGUACCUGUCGGCCACCGACGAAGAGGCCCUGCGCGGCUUCAAGAUCUGCACCGAGCUCGAGGGCAUCAUCCCCGCCCUCGAGACGAGCCACGCCAUCUGGGGCGGCAUCCAGCUGGCAAAGACGAUGGGAAAGGACCAGGAUGUGGUCAUCAGCUGCUCUGGAAGGGGCGACAAGGACGUCGAGCAGAUCAGCGUCGCCAUCAAGGAGGGCGGCUGGGGCAAGCGGUUGGACUGGGAGAUUGCCUAGAUGAUGGAUGAUGGAUGAUGAGAGUAUGUGUACAGCAUUCGUAUGUAUGAAGAUAAGAGAGAGCCCUUUUUUCGGUGCUUGCAAUUCAUCAACGCGAGGU